UUAAGACAUUCUUCGAGCCUCUUUUCCUGGUUUUGAAGCAGCUGAAAAUGUGCUGCUUAAAAGCUUUUAGCUCUUGAAUGCAUGCCGCCCUGCAGGCAUGAUUACUGAUCCCACAAAGCCCAGCUAAUGACUGUGUAAACUAGCUGCCUGAUUGCCAACAAAGGCGUCCUCCAUUGUCUCACGGGGACUCCUCACCUUUUCUCAGUGAAAUUGUCUGCGUGCAACAGGAGGUAGGGAUUAAAGAUGGGCUCUUUGGAACAAAUGGUGAGGCCAGUCAGCCAGUACAGGCCGGAGGCGGAGCCCAACGACAGCCACAAUUAAAGAUGAACUUUGAGUGAACUAAUUUAUGUGAGGGAGGAGAAGGUGAGAGGCUGACCGCGCUCCCUGCAGACUAUAAAAGCUGACGAUGAGCAGCCCGGAGCCUCUGACGCUGACAGAGCUUCUCCUGCUGCAAACAUGGCCCUGAGCACGCUGCUGGCCACCUUCCUCUGCACCAUCGUGCUGCCCAUCCUGCUCUUUCUGGUGGCGCUCAAGCUCUGGGAGGUUUACAUGGUCCGAGGCGCAGACCCGAGCUGCUCCCGCCCGCUGCCCCCCGGAUCCAUGGGCUUACCUUUCCUAGGAGAGACGCUGCAGCUCAUCCUGCAGAGGAGAAAGUUCCUGCGAAUGAAGCGGCAGAAGUACGGCUACAUCUACCGCACACACCUCUUUGGGAAUCCCACAGUACGCGUCACUGGAGCUGAUAACGUCAGGCAGAUCCUGCUGGGAGAGCACAGGCUCGUGUCAGUGCAGUGGCCCGCUUCCGUGCGCACCAUCCUGGGCUCGGACACGCUUUCCAACGUGCACGGAGCCCAGCACAAGAGCAAGAAGAAGGCCAUCAUGCGAGCCUUCUCCAGGGAGGCUCUGGAGCUCUACAUCCCCGUCAUCCAGGAGGAGGUGCGGGCUGCAGUGAAGGAGUGGCUGGACAAGGACUCCUGCGUGCUGGUUUACCCCGAGAUGAAGCGGCUGAUGUUCAGAAUUGCCAUGAGGAUCCUCCUGGGCUUCGAGCCAGAGCAGAUCAAGACGGACGAGCAGCAGCUGGUGGAAGCUUUUGAAGAAAUGAUCAAAAAUCUGUUCUCGUUGCCCAUCGAUGUUCCCUUCAGCGGUCUGUACAGGGGUUUGAAGGCGAGGAACUUCAUCCACUCCAAGAUUGAGGAGAACAUCAAGAAGAAGAUGCAGGAGUCGGACAAAGAAUGCAAACACAGAGACGCUCUGCAGCAGCUCAUCGACAACAACAGGAAAAACGGGGAACCAAUCAGCAUGCAGGCCAUCAAUGAGUCUGCCACAGAGCUGCUGUUUGGAGGCCAUGAAACCACAGCCAGCACAGCCACCUCUCUGGUCAUGUUCCUGGGCCUGAACCCGGACGUUGUGGAUAAACUGAGACAGGAGCUGAUGGAAAAGGAGGAGCAGGGCAUGGACCUCCACAGUCUGGACAUCGAGUCCUUGGAACAGUUGAAAUACACUGGCUGUGUCAUCAAAGAGACUCUGAGGAUCAACCCUCCUGUUCCCGGAGGAUUCAGAGUGGCUCUCAAGACUUUUGAGCUCAAUGGUUACCAAAUCCCAAAAGGCUGGAACGUCAUCUACAGCAUCUGUGACACCCACGACGUAGCUGAGAUCUUCCCCAACAAAGAAGAUUUCCAGCCGGAGCGCUUCAUGACCAAACCCACCAGUGACUCGUCCAGGUUCCAGUACAUCCCAUUCGGAGGGGGAUCCAGGAUGUGCGUGGGGAAGGAGUUUGCUAAAGUCCUGUUGAAGAUCUUCCUGGUAGAGGUGGUCACAAAGUGUCACUGGACUCUUCUAAAUGGGCCACCCACCAUGAAAACUGGACCUACUGUUUAUCCUGUGGACAAUCUGCCAACCAAGUUUACCAGUUAUGCACAAAAUUAAACCCUAGAGUGAAACGUGGGGUUUCCCUAAAGUCUGAAAUCAUCUGUGCUGCAGUAUAAUCAACUCACUUUGGGGAGUUUUUGAAGCACUGGGGUGCUGUUAGAGAAUAGAUCAGACUCAUGAAUUUAUUUAGAAUAAUGAGUCGUUUGUUUUGGACUUUUUAAUGUGACUCUUUUGGUAUUAUUUGUACAUAUUGUAGAUUCUUUAUCAUGUAUAUCGAGAUGUUAAUACAUUGGACUUGUGUGUUUUUGUAUUAAAGAAAUGAACAAACUAAACGAGAGGCACUAUACACAGACAGGAACACUUUAAUCAGCUCAGAGGUCUAUCUAUAGGACUAUGUACAUAUGUAAUGUAGAGGCUGUUUAUAUAACUUUUCUAUUUUACCCAAACUUAUUUAUGUGACAUAUGUUAUAUUGUAUGGGCUUUUUAUUUAAUAAAGCUGUUUAUGGAAAAUA